AUGGAGUUGGUAAGUGACAAGGAUCGAAAACGUCUGGAACGACAUCGAAGUCGAUGGGAUCAGCGUGAAAAAAGUAAUGCUGCAGACGACUGGAAAAGUAGCAAGGAUCGAGUUGAAUUCCCCGAUGAACCGAUGAAACAAGCUCGAUUUAAGGAGUUUCUGAAAUACCUGCGGCGAGGAUUGGUGCUACCGCAACCAAAAGAGUUGUCCGUAUGGGAAUGGGAAUCGGAAAAGAAGGAAUUUGAAGGGAAAUUGACAUCAGAAGAGCGCGGAAUGUUACCAGAGGUACGAUCUAGAAUGAAACCGCUAGCAAAGACCAGUCUCGCAAUGCCCAUACAAGAAAUGAUGCAGAGCAAAUUCACUAAAGAAACAGGACAAUCGGGCCAUGCAAAACACUACCUUGUAAACCUGCUGUGUUUUGAAUGGAGCUAUCUUGCUCAAGGUUUCUCGUCUCCAAGACUUCUCGUUUAUUCCAGGUAUCCACAUAAUUCACUUGCGAAACGCUUCAACAUUCCCAAUCCGUAUCCUGGAGCUGAGAUUGUUGGCGUACCGCAUUUACAAAGGACAUCAAAGAAAGAAACGUUACUGAACUUGGGUCUACCACAGACUGCCAACGAUCUCGCCCAAAGGAAAGCUCGUGAGGAGAUCCAUCAUGAAGAAGAGUUGGAGAAAGAAGCCAAGGAAAUCAAAGAGGAAGACCUGGACCGGCCUCCGAAGUCGAUAUUCGACGUGAUUUUCGGCGAAAGUGAGAGUGAUAGCGAUAGCGAUGAGGAGGAGGAAGAGGAGGAGAAAAAGGACGUGGUGAAAGUGGAACAAAAAGAGCAUAAAGAAGAGAAAAAGGAGGAAAAAGAGAAAGAAGCAGCAAGCGAGCAACCGAAGCCCAAGCCGAUCACCGUGAUGGACAUUGUGGACGAUGAAGAGGAAUUUGGGCCAGCUCCGCCGACGAGUGCAAGUGAAACGAUACCCGGAUUCUCCGUAUUAUCAUAUCUCAAAGAUGAAAUUGCGAAGCGAAAAGCAUCGAAGAAGAGCCACAAGAAACAUAAAUCAAAGAAGUCCAAGAAAGAAAAAUCCUCGAAGAAGUCAAAGAAGGAAAAGAAGAGCAAGAAAUCUCGACGAAAACACCACUCUUCAACAUCGUCAUCAAGCGAUUCUUCUGUAAUCGAAGUGAUCGACUGA